CUUUCUUUUACAGGUGAAAUCCACAUUUUCCUGAAGAUCUUACUAUGUUGUAUACUGAAUUCAUAGCGGGAUGGAUUUCAGGAGCUCUUGGGCUGGUUGUUGGACAUCCAGUAGACACAGUUAAGGUGCGUAUACAGACCCAGUCUAGGUACCAUGGAAUUGUAGACUGCAUAGUGAAAACUUACCAGAAAGAAAAGGCUUUGGGGUUCUUUAAAGGCAUGAGUUUUCCAGUGGGCAGCGUGGCAAUAAGCAAUUCCCUGUUAUUUGGAUCUUAUAGUAAUGCCCUAUACUAUUUAACUGACACAACAUGUAAAGACUGGAAGAAUCCACCAGCAAAUCACUAUGUGUUUGUGGCUGGGUGCUUCUCAGGCCUAGUACAGGUAUAUUUCACAGCUCCAGUGGAUUUGAUAAAAGUAAGGUUGCAGAACCAGACUGAUACAUUGCAGAGCCAUAAAACAGGAAGCAAUAUCCAGGCUAAAUACCGUGGCCCAGUAUACUGUGCUGCAAGCAUAUUCAGAGAGGAAGGCAUCACUGGUCUCUACAGAGGGUCUACUGCAUUGGUUCUGCGUGAUGUACCUACGGUUGGAAUCUAUUUCUUGACUUAUGAAGUACUUAGCAAAUGGAUGACAAGCAAUGGAGAAAUGCCAAGUUCGUGGACAAUGCUAUUUGCUGGCGGUUGUGCAGGAACUGUGGGGUGGGCUGCAGCAAACCCAAUGGAUGUUAUAAAGUCUCGCUUGCAGAUGGAUGGCAUGUAUAAAGUGCAGUAUCGGGGAAUGUAUGACUGCAUUCAGAAAAGUAUUAAACAGGAAGGGCUCCGUGUGCUGUUGAAAGGUCUCACCGUUAACAGCUUGAGAGCCUUUCCUGUCAAUGCAGUGACUUUUCUUAGUUAUGAAAAACUUCUUCAGAUCUUAUGAGAAACGAUGACCAUAUAUAUCCAGGAAUAUAGUAUACCCUUUGUUGGUACACU